UUCUGUAACCUAAUUAAUACGAAUCCCCUUUCUUCCCACUGAUAUAUGAAAUUGCUUGCCACUUUUCCUCUUUCUUCUCUCUUGAAUGAAUGAAACCCAAACUUCUCACUCCGUAAACCUCCAACGACACCGUUUCGCUACCAAAACGACGCUGUUCUCCUCGUUUUCAUCGUCAUAGUCGUCGUUUUCAUUCGGCAAAAAUGGAGCAAGCGGUUUUGGAUGACAUAAUCAAUCGGCUCCUUGAAGUUCGUAGCCGUCCCGGGAAGCAGGUUCAGUUGUCGGAGGCGGAGAUCCGUCAGCUGUGUGCUGCUGCUAGAGAGAUUUUUUUGCAGCAACCUAAUUUAUUGGAACUUGAAGCUCCUAUUAAGAUUUGUGGCGACAUACAUGGUCAAUAUUCUGAUCUUCUAAGGCUUUUUGAGUAUGGUGGAUUACCUCCUCAGUCCAAUUACUUGUUUUUGGGUGAUUAUGUGGAUCGAGGGAAGCAAAGUUUAGAAACGAUAUGUCUUCUCUUAUCAUAUAAAAUAAAAUAUCCUGAGAAUUUUUUUCUUUUGAGGGGAAACCAUGAAUGUGCUUCUAUUAACCGUAUAUAUGGAUUUUAUGACGAGUGUAAAAGAAGGUUCAAUGUAAGGGUAUGGAAGGUGUUUACGGAUUGCUUCAAUUGCCUACCUGUGGCAGCUCUCAUUGAUGAAAAGAUUUUGUGCAUGCAUGGCGGACUUUCUCCCGACUUACAUAAUUUGGAUCAAAUUAGAAAUUUACAGCGGCCGACUGAUGUGCCUGAUACAGGUUUGCUUUGCGAUCUCCUGUGGUCAGACCCUAGCAAAGAAGUUCAAGGUUGGGGAAUGAAUGAUAGGGGAGUGUCAUAUACAUUUGGUGCUGAUAAGGUGUCGGAGUUUCUUCAGAAACAUGACUUGGAUCUUGUUUGUCGUGCUCAUCAGGUGGUGGAGGAUGGAUAUGAGUUCUUUGCUAACCGGCAGCUUGUAACAAUAUUUUCGGCACCUAAUUACUGUGGGGAGUUUGACAAUGCCGGUGCUAUGAUGAGUGUUGAUGAGACACUAAUGUGCUCUUUCCAAAUAUUAAAGCCAGCUGAUAAGAAAGCAAGGCUCAAUUUCGGAAGUACAACAACUGCUAAACCAGGAAACUCUCCGGCAGGUGUAAAGUCCUUCCUUGGUGCAAAAGUAUGAAGCUGAUUUUGGCGAAAAGGUUGCUGUCACAACUGGUCUGCGAAGAAAAGUUGAGCUCCGUAUGUUAUUUUGGAACUGUAAAAACAAAGGGAAAUGCUGUCAUGAACUAUGUAGACCAUUGUUUUUCACUGUUACAAAUUUGUAUUUUGAGAUUUAACAGCCCAUAAUUUUUUCCAUGUUUUCUUUGUACACUAAUUUCUGGUAAUGUUAUGUUAUUAUGAGUUUUAAGCUUCUCAAGCAUUCAGACA